ACCGUUUAAACCUCCCACUCAGCAUCCGCAGCGCUGAGGAUGAGAGAGUUUAGGACUUCUUCCGCUUUUUGAAUACAUCGCGGUCCACGCAGACCGUCGCGAGACUCACGGUCCUUCUUUGGCUACGCGCUGAGCGGAGCGAGGGCGGCCGGUGAUCGGUGUGUAACGUGUCUAUGGGUGUUGACGUGAUGUCUCCUCCUCUGAGGAACCUCAAGUGCUUUUCUCCAGUGAUGUGCCAGUGCAAACUUAUAUGUAGCAACCGGACGCUUUCGCUUAUGUUUGGCUGUAAGAAAUAUCGAUAUCAGGAUGAAGAGACUCCGCCCUUGGAGCAUAGCCCCGCCCAUCUGGCUCACAGUAAAAGUGCUGAGAUGCUUCACAUGAGUGAUAAGAAUCUGGCUGCCAUGGAUUCCAUGCACAGUUACGCCCCCCACACACACAUCUCACCAAUAAAGCCAGUGUUGCUAUCCUCUGGUCAAACCCCUCUGUACACCUCUGCAGUCUCCACACUGGCGAACUCUCCACCUGUAGUGGUAAAUACAGAUACAUUGGAUGGCUCACCUUAUGUGAAUGGAGCAGAAGGAGAGAUUGAAUAUGAAGAGAUUACUUUGGAAAGGGGUAACUCUGGUCUGGGCUUCAGUAUUGCUGGAGGUACUGAUAAUCCACAUGUAGGAGAUGAUCCCAGCAUAUUCAUAACCAAGAUCAUUCCAGGAGGAGCUGCAGCACAGGACGGGAGACUCAGAGUAAAUGAUAGUAUUCUGUUUGUGAAUGACGUUGAUGUUCGGGAAGUGACCCACAGUCAGGCGGUGGAGGCCCUUAAAGAGGCGGGCGCAAUCGUCAGACUUUAUGUAUUACGCAGAAAACCUAUCGCUGAGAAAGUCACUGAAAUGAAGCUCAUCAAAGGGCCAAAAGGGCUAGGGUUUAGUAUAGCGGGCGGUGUCGGUAACCAGCACAUUCCCGGAGACAACAGCAUUUAUGUCACAAAGAUUAUAGAAGGAGGGGCUGCGCAUAAGGACGGACGACUACAGAUUGGUGAUAAGAUACUGGCGGUGAACAAUGUGUGUUUAGAAGAUGUGAUGCAUGAGGAUGCAGUGGGGGCCCUGAAGAACACAGCAGAGGUGGUCUAUCUCAGAGUGGCAAAGCCAAAUAACCUGUACCUUACCAACAACUACAACCCUCCAGACCUCACAAGCACGUACUCUCCGCAGCUGGACAUGGAUCUUGGACAUCCAAACUUCCUUGGUUCAGAUUACCCACAAGCCCUCACUCCCACCUCACCAAGCCGCUUUUCUCCUGUGCUGCAUGGCAUGCUGGGAGAUGAUGACUUACCCAGGGACCCGAGGCGUGUUGUGAUCCACAGAGGAUCAACGGGUUUGGGCUUUAAUAUAGUUGGAGGGGAGGAUGGUGAGGGAAUCUUCAUCUCUUUCAUCCUGGCAGGGGGCCCUGCGGAUCUGAGCGGAGAACUCCGCAAGGGAGAUCAGAUUCUGAGUGUGAAUGGUGUGGAUUUGCGAGCAGCUACGCAUGAACAAGCAGCGGCUGCUUUAAAGAAUGCUGGGCAAACGGUCACCAUCAUCGCCCAGUAUAGACCAGAAGAGUACAGUCGAUUUGAGGCAAAGAUUCAUGACCUGAGAGAGCAGUUAAUGAACAGCAGUAUGGGCUCUGGAACCACAACCUUACGUAGUAACCCAAAAAGAGGAUUCUAUAUCAGGGCUCUGUUUGACUAUGAUAAGACAGCAGACUGUGGUUUCUUGAGUCAGGCUGUGGGCUUCAGGUUUGGAGAUGUGCUGCAUGUUCUGGACUGUGGAGAUGAGGAGUGGUGGCAGGCCUGCAGAGUCAGCCCACAGGGCGAUGAGGAGGAGGUCGGCUUCAUUCCAAGCAAGAGAAGGGUUGAGAGAAAAGAGUGGUCGCGGUUGAAGUCAAAAGAAAGGGACCGAAGUCGAGACAGUACAGGCUCACUGGCAAGGGAAGAUCCAGUGCACAGUUAUGAGACAGUUGCGCAAGUGGAAGUGCACUACGCGAGGCCAAUCAUUAUUCUGGGUCCAGUGAAGGACAGAGUGAAUGAUGACCUUCUCUCUGAGUUCCCAGAUAAAUUCGGCUCUUGUGUGCCUCAUACGACACGACCCAAGCGGGAGUAUGAGGUGGAUGGGCGGGACUAUCACUUUGUGUCGUCACGGGAACAGAUGGAGAAAGACAUUCAGAACCAUCGAUUCAUUGAAGCGGGCCAGUACAACAGCCACCUGUAUGGAACCAGCGUUCAGAGCGUCCGAGAGGUGGCUGAACAGCAGGGAAAGCACUGUAUUCUGGAUGUGUCCGCAAAUGCUGUUCGAAGGCUACAGGCUGCACAGCUCCACCCAAUUGCCAUCUUCGUACGGCCCAAAUCACUGGAGAACGUCCUCGAGAUAAACACACGUCUAACUGAGGAACAGGCCAGGAAAGGCAUGGACCGCGCUAUUAAACUGGAGCAAGAUUUCAUGGAGUGCUUCUCUGGUAAGACUGUUCCAUACACUGCCCUCUUGUGUGCUGGAGGAAAACUGACACAUUUACUAAUUACAGGGCCAGCAUGGAAUCUGUGUACUUUUUCGCCUUUUCUGUGCUGACUGUGUAGGAAAAUCUUCUGAAUUGACUUUAAAAUGGAUAUUGUAGAUGUGUUAAACUGAGCUGAGAUUACUACACUUUUAGGCCUUUCCCACUACACUUAAACUAAAGUUAAGAUGGUUAAAAGUGUUCACAGUUUCUUUCAUUUGAAAGAGGGUUAGCACCUCGUUUCACCUUAGUUAUACACAAAUGUCUUAAUGUUAAUUUGUUGUUAAUUUAACUUUAUUUACUUAAAUAGGUAUGGCACACGAAUAAGAUUUAACAACUAAUAGCAUGUUGUUUCAACUUUGAUAUUAUUGUUUCAACUUAAUUUAAUAGGCUCAAAAGAAAAUAAUGACUGAGGUCAGUCAUUUAACAGUGGAUUGCCCAUAGAAGUGCAGAGAAAGCUUCACUUCAGCUACACAAAUUCACAUAUGAAAGGAAAAAUUACAUGGAUUGAACAGGAUCUGACUUCACCAAAGGGAACACUAAUCACCCUAAUGGUGGCUUUACACAAAACAACAUCAAUAAUACAAAAAGAGCUAAAAUCUCAAUGAAUUCAUAAUAACAACCAAUUAAAUGCCUUUUGACCAAACAAAUGUGCUUAAAUUGUUCAAGUGCAAGGGCUUACAGGUAUUCCACACAACCUCAGUUCUGAACUUGAUCGCUUAAAUCUUAAUUUUAUGGAUUUUUAAGCCAAAGAAGUUCUAGGAAUUCACAGUUAUUCUUUUACUGUAUGUAUCACUCUAAGUUCACCUUAUAAUUAAUAGGUUGUGUUGUACACAUUUACGUGAAUUAAGUAAUGCUAAAAAUGUAAUACAUUUCUGAGUAGAAGCUAUUUAUUUUCUAGCAUUAUGGUUGUUGAGCCAACGAUUAAACCCAGAAUAUUCAUUUAAAGUUAUAUUUAUUUAAAUGUAUUUUCUGUAAAUACUAAUUGCAUUUUUUUGUUGCUCUCUCCCUGUAUCACAGCGACUGUGGAGGGUGACAGUUUUGAGGAGGUUUAUCACAAAGUGAAAACUGUGAUUGAGGAGCAGUCAUGGCCUUAUAUCUGGAUUCCCACCAGGGAGCGUCUGUGAGUGCCAACCCAGAGCCGAACCACCUUAUCCAGUCACCAUUUGGCCUACCUGCCCUGGACUGUGGAGCUCUGACUUGAAGGGCUCACGAAAACGGACAGAGAGAGAGAGAGGGAGAGAGAGAGAGAGUGAGAGAGAGAGGGAGAAAUUAAAAGAGAGGAAGAAAUCAAGGAGGCAACAGGAAAUGAUGGCGUGGAACAGCAUAGGAGCUGCACCUGCCUCCAGUUUCCUCAUCCAGCUUUGUAACUUCCUGUUUCUGCUUUUCACUUCCUAUCUCAGUCUUUCUCUCAGUACUUUUCUCUUUCUCUCUCAAUAACAUCCUCUUCCACAGGAUUAGUGAGCUGUUUUUAUGAACAGGGAUGCUACAAAGAAAUUUUGUAUAUUCAGAUUCCCUCUCUCUCUCUCCGAAUGAGAGACAAAUCGAGAGGGAAGAGCGACCACCUUGGCUUUUACUGGAAUGAGACAUUCAAGAGCAAUUCCUAAUUAAAGGAGCUUGUUUUACAAUCCUAAUGGUGAAUUGAACUGAAUGGAAUGAAAGUAUAUUUAUCAGUAUUAAUAAUGCUCUGAAAAUAUUCAAUAUCAAAGAUGUUACAACUCAGAGACUGACAUUUACUCAGUCACCCAGUUAUCAGUAUUAAGGGUGUUUCAUUUCUUUUAGUCAUUUGAUGCGAAGAAGAGCUUGAUUUGUGCUCCUUGACAUCCAAGAAGGACCGAGUUGACAAAACAAGAUGUUUGUCCUUCGAAUGUUCCCCAUAAAGCUGAAGUGUGCAAUUUUUUUUUCGAUGUUAAAAUACUUUCUCCUAUCACAUCUUAAUAUGCAGAGAUAACUAUGAGUUAUGAAUUUGUAGGUUGAUUUCCCCCAAAAGUGUAAACUUUCCAAAAAUUGCUCUGUUUGUUUGAGCAUCCUGAUCAGCCCCCAACAGCAACAGUGUUUCAACCAAUGAUGUGAGUUUGGGGCGGGACUGUCUGCUUGUUUGACCAAUGGCAGACAUGGGGAAUUUUCGGGAAAACUGUUUGAAAUAUUAUUUUUGCUAUUUCUUUUGGUGACUCCAGCGGUGCAGAAAUUACACACUUCACUUUUACAUUUUGCAGCUAUAUCAUCACAGUGAAUGGAAAAAAAGGAAGGGUUUAGAUGACAGUGGAGAAAAUGCAGACAGUGAAUUUCAUUCUGUACAUCAAGGAAAAUCCACUAGCUUCAUAUAUUCGGAUUUAUGUUUUCUUUGAUUUUCUUGUGCUCACAUGUAAACAUGCCCAUUUAGACAUGUGCAAACAGACAUUUUUUGCCUUCUUUUAUCUGGGACUUCUUGCAAUAGCCCUAUUGAUGUUUUCCUUUUAAAUGAAAUUAAUUCGCUCGGUUGGAUUUGUUCCCUGAGCGUGCCGCUCUCAAACAUAAUGACUCCAGGCUGCUCUUUAAUGUGCAAUAUCAGGAUCCUCGGCAUGUGUUCUUCCAUAAUCUACUCAUAAUGGAACCAGUUUCUGCCAUGCUUAUAUCAUGAAGUCAUUGGUAAAUUAUCAAAAAGCUUCAAACAUCAAAUAUUUGGUCAUUUUUACAUACGUAUUGUUGGAUUUCAGUUCAGUUCUCAUUGGCAUUUGUGCUGAUUGGCUAAGUUCACACCGCAAGCGAAGUGCCCAAAAUUUGAAUUGGGCAAUACCCUGGCAAUGAUAUAUUAUAUUUAUUAUAAUUUAUUGCAUAGGGUUACCAACUGUCCCGUAUUUUGGAAAAAGUUAAGACGUCCCGUAGGGGACGCGGAUUGUCCCGUAUUUUAUUGGCGAAGCAAUCAAGAUGGUCAGUCGGUGAAAAGUCCCGUUUUCAACAUUUUAAGCACCUAAAUGUUUGACAUAAUCGGAUGGCGAAACAUUCUGUAUUGAAUGCAUCUGUUUAGUAAUGAAGUUUAACACACUGCCAUCACAUAGGGUUGCCAACUGUCCCGUAUUUUGGCAAAAGUGAAGACGUCCCGUAGGGGAUACCGAUUAUCCCAUAUUUAAAUGGUGAAACAAUCAAGAUGGUCAGUCAGCAAAAGUUCCUGUAUUGAACACAUCUGUAUAGUAAUGAGGUAUAACACCCCGUCGUUGCGUAGGGUUGCCAACCAUCCCGUAUUUUGGCCAAAAUGAAGAUGUCCUGUAUUUAAGCGGUGAAACGCUUGACACGGUCGGAGGUGAAACGUCUUGUAUUGAAGGCAUCUGUGUAGCAAUGAAGUAUAACACCUGCCAUCGCAUGAGGCUGCCAACUGUCCUGUAUUUUGGUUGAAGUAAAGACAUCCCCUAUGGGACGCCUAUUGUCCUGUAUACAGAUUGUGGAAUGCUCUAGUUGGUCAGUCGGCAAAAGGUCCUGUAUUGAACAUAUCUGUAUAGUAAUGAGAUGUAACACACUGCCGUCGUGUAGGGUUGCAACUGUCCCAUAUUUUGGCCUAAAUGAAGACGUCCUGUAUCGGACAAUUAGUGUCUAGUGUUUAAGCAGUGAAGUAUUUUUAAGUGUCCCGUAUUUAAGUAAUGAAGUACAACACCCUGCCGACUGAAGUAAAGACGUCCCAUGCGGACGCCUAUUGACCCAUAUUUAAUUGGCGAAACGAUCAAGAUGGUCAGACAGCGAAACGUCCAAUAUUGAAGGCAUCUGUAUAGUAAAAUGGUUUAACACCCCACCAUUGUGUAGGGUUGGCAACUGUCCUGUAUUAGCUGGGACGUCCUGUAUUUUGGCUGAAAUGAAAACAUCCCGUACGGGACGCCUUUUAUCCUGUAUUUAAACAGAGAAACACUCAAGGCUGUCUGGCGGUGAAACGUCCCACAUUGAAGGCAUCUGUAUAGCAAUAAUAUAUAACACCCCACCGUCACGUAAGGUUUCUAACUGUCCUGUAUUUUGGCUGAAAUGAAGAGGUCCCAUGUGGGAUGCCUAUUGUCCCAUAUUUAAUAACAUUUGGGCCACAUUUAUCUGCGGUGUGAUCGUAGCCUUAAUGACCAUUCAUUCAGCACAUCUAUAAACUCUGCACACACAUUUACAUACACACACACGUACUAUCAGGAAAAUGUUGCGUUUUACACUGGUUUUAUGCUGUAUAUCAGAUUAUAAUUGACUAUUGUAAUGGAAUUGUAGAUGCAUCUCAACAUCCAAUCAGUAGACAUCAGUUACAUUGCACCAGUUUAUUGCCGUUUUGAUUACUUUGCCAUCAAAAAGGUGAAGAGGAGCUGGUCUUGAAGCUGUUGUUUUAUUGGAAUAUGAUAGUAGGUUCAGCUAGAGAGUUUAGCUUGGCUAAGCUACCAAUUUGCCUGCCUCCAACUAAUUAUCCUUCUCAGAGCUCACUUGUAAACAAUUUUUGCGAGGCUUGACAUACAUUGGUCCAAAAACUUUUGGACACAUACAGUAAGUCGCUUAAAAUGUAUUUGCAUUGGAUAACAAAAUAUCAAACCAAGUGGCACCUGCAAACAAAUAAUGCUAAAGCUUUUGUCAGAACUAACUUCAUUUUUUGAGUCAUUUUUGCAAUGACUUGUAGUCAAUUAGUCUCCAAGCGAUUUCUAGUGGAUGUAUUGAAGGUCAGUUCCCCUCAGGUUCUCACAGGUGUCCUAUCAGAGUAACCACAGGUGUAUUAACUUUGUUAAUGUUUGAUAACCAGAAAGUGCACAAAUAAUGUGUAUCUUCAUUUUAAACAGUAUUUCUAUUGUUUUAUCAUUUAAAACAUAUCGAUCAUUUGUGAGAUUGUGUGCUUGUGCUUACCUUUAUUUAAAAAUAAUUGCCACUUCGUUUGGUAUUUUGUUAUAUAAAGCAAAUAUAUUUUUUAGGUGUGGCUAAAGCGUCCAUAUACUUUUUGGGGCCACUGUAGCUCCAACAUCCACCCCAGCCGACAUGAGAAAGGAAGAACAAUAAAUUGGCUUUUUUGCCCUUUUUGUGCCAUGACAGUGAUGCUGUAAAAAUCGAUGCAGUGCUUUCUCCAAGGACUAACACAAGGACGAACAUCACAGUUUGUUCAUAACACAGUCCAAUGAUUCGGUUUCGACUGAUGCAUUUGAUUAAUUUGAUGAUUUCUUUAUGUAAAUCAGUGUCGUGAACUGUGAUGGUUUAAACAGACUGUGAACAAUCUAUUCCAGGUUAUUCCAAUCCAUUUGAAAUGAAAGCUGACACAAUUUUUGUGAAAGACUAAUAAGAGGAGUGAAAUAUUUGCACUUAUUAAAAGGAAAGAUGAUUGAUGCAACAGACACUAUGAUUUCUGGCAACGAAGAAAAAGGAGAAAGAAUGAGAGAGGGCGAACUGGUGGCUUUUUUACUUUCGCUUCAUUUCUUUUUAAUUUUUGCGUUGAAAUUUCGAUGUUUGAGUGUGUUUGGAGUGCAGUGGCAAUUUAUUUCCUUGACGUUUUCUUUUUUUAUUUCUUUUUUUAUGGAUUUGAUAUACUUGUUUUCCUCAAGGGGUUGUUUGUUUGUUUAUUCAGUUGUUUACUGCUUUGUUUACAUCUGGGUUUCAUGUGAAGACAAGCGCUUUUGCUUUGGUUUCCAAAGUGGGGCUGCACAAAAAUUUAAAUUUACUGUGAAUUUUAAAAAAAUAUACUUGCACGCAUUUAACACAUUGAUACUAUUUUAAACAUAGCCCUUAAAUAUGUUUUCCUACUUAUAUUAUUGGCCAUACAAAAGUAAUAAAAAAUAAGAACAUACACUCAUCGACAACUUUAAGGAACACUUGUACAUCUACUUACAGUAUUCAUGCAUUUAUCAACCAAUCGUGUGGCAGCAGUGCAAUGCAUAAAAUCAUGCAGAUACGGGUCAGUUAAUGUUCACAUCAACCAUUAGAAUGGGGAAAAAAUCUCAGUGAUUUGGACCGUGGCAUAAUUUUUGGUGCCAGACGGGCUGGUUUGAGUAUUUCUGUAACUGCUGAUCUCCUGGGAUUUUCACGCUCAACAGUCUCUAGAGUUUACUCCGAAUGGUGCCAAAAACAAAAUACAUCCAGUGAGUGGCAGUUCUGUGAACGGAAACGCCUUGUUGAUGAGAGAGGUCAACGGAGAAUGGCCAGACUGGUUCUAGCUGACAGAAAGGCUACUGUAACUCAGAUAACCACUCUGUACAAUUGCAGUGAGCAGAAUAGCAUCUCUGAAUGCACAACAUGUCAAACCUUGAGGCAGAUGGGCUACAACAGUAUAAGACCACGUCAGGCAUUGCACUGCUGCCACAUGAUUGGCUGAUUAGAUAAUUACAUGAAUAAGUAGGUGAACAGGCGUACCUAAUAAAGUGGUCGGUGAGUGUAUAUUGCUUUCUAUAUGAUUUGGGGAAACAAAUACACCUGCACAGAUGUACACACACACACACACACACAUUAAACAAUGUAUUACCAAGAGAAAUAUAGGACUUAUCUAUAACUAGAAUGAAUUAUGAGUUCACAUUUAUUUAUUUAUUUGAAAGAAUCAAAUGUAUUUUAUCGAUUUGUAUUUGCCAUAACAUUAUUCUAAUUAUCCUCAACAGAUUGAACAUACUGCUUUUAUUUUAAAAGAAUUAUGAAAAUACAACAAUGCCAUAUGAUGCAAAAGUAUAUUUAAAUUAUUUAUCUUUAAAGAGAGAUUUACCAAUGACAGUAUCGGACUAUAAAAAUGUUUAAUUUCAGUGAGAUGCUUGUUGUAAAUUAGCUACAAAAAUAAUAAAAACUUAUUAUGUUAAA